CAGCUGAUUUGUUAGAAAAGAGUUUUCAUAAGAAAAAUUUGGAAAGCAAAAAAUCCGAAAUAAAAAAACAACUUUUUGAGAUAUCUUAUAAUACUACUGCUCGACCAAAUUUAAAAAGAAAUUCAUCCGAAGAAGAUGAAAAAGUCAUAAAAAAGCCAAAAGUUAGUUCUAAUCCUUUGACCUUAAAUACGCCGAAUGACGUAAAUUUACUUGCUCUGUCCACUAUUGAAGUAAUAAAAGUACCAGAGAAAGAAAAAGAAGUAAUGCAAGAUCAGAACACAAAAUCUCUUGAUCAGUAUAAUGCACCUUCAUUUAAAUCGCCCACAUCUUGGUAUACUUCAGACACAAUUAAUGAGUACAUUAAAAUGAUAGUAAAACGGUCAGAAGGUGAAGUUUAUGCAGUUGUCACUGAUUUUAUUGUAGCGUAUCUUCGAGGAGGUUAUCCAGCUGUAAGAAGAUGGAUAAAAAAAGAUAUUCACACAAUAAAAUUACUUUUUGUGCCCAUGAAUGUAUAUGAGAGUCAUUGGAUAUUGACAGUGGUUAAUAUACCUGAAAAGACUGUGACAUCAUAUGAUAGUCUUAAGUCGUAUAAGGGUCCUUAUCCAAUGGUAUUAAAAAAUUUCUUAAUUGAAUGGGAGAUGGACAAAAAAGGAAAAGCUUCUACAUGGACAUUACAAAUAGGCGAGACAUCUCGCCAAACCAAUGUACAUGAUUGUGGGCCAUUUACUCUUGAGCUGGCAGAAAAAAUGUCUCGAGGAGAUACAACACCAAUAAAUAAAUUUUUUACUAUUUUAGAGAAGAAAAAAAUGGGAGAAACAAUUAGGUUUAUAAUAAUUGAAAGCAGUGACGGUUUUCCCCCUAAAGCCGUCUUUAAUCCUCCUUGGCUAUAA